AUUUAAAGUUAAGAGAACAUACUUUUCGCCGCACUUAGUUUUCGCUUCUCGUCUCUUUUGCAGCUUUUCAAGCCUGUCUUCAAAAUGGGUAAAGAAUACCAGGAAGACGACGUGUCUACCAGCUGUAUUUCUUCAGAGCCAACAAUGCAGGGCGAGGUCUCGAGUUCGACUCUUGCCCCUCUCCACCCCAAGGAAAGCAACGAAAAAUUUCAUCUUGAUGAGACUGAAGCGCACCAAAGAUCUCUGAAAGCGAGCUUGGUUAAAGUGAGCGCCAUGCUGCUUUUCAUGAUUUCUUCUUUCGUUGCAAUCUUUGCGCCUGGAUCCCCUGAAGCUCCCCUGCAUUCCGCUGACCUAGGCAUGAUCUUGAAUGACCUGAGGACGCGGGUUCGAAUCCCGGGAAUCGUAUACAUUGUCUUAAAUGACCUGAGGGCUCGGGUUCGAACCGCAGGAACCGUAUACACUGUCUUGCAAAGUGUAGACAAGAUCCAUUACGCACUUGGAUCUGCAGCAAUUUUGGUGAUUGGGACUGUGAUUUAUUUUUCUUCUCGGAAGAAACAGAGCAGGGGGGUUAUUUGUUCUGUUGAGGAAAAUGUCAUUGAGGAAGCUCCAGCUGAAAUACAGUGCGAAAAUGAUGAUGCGGUAAAGCCAUCGGUGUGCCCCUGUUCGAAUUCCCCAGAGGCUUCUCUGCACUGUUGGGAGCCUAUUUCCGAAUUGAAGGUAAAGCUCGAGCUGGAGUAUUCUGUAGGAGACAUGAGCUCGUCCGAGAAAAUGUCGCCUACAGAUACAACGCAGGUCUUUGAGAGAAAGACCAGAAGAAAAAGCAUGUCUACCAUUACUCAUAAUGUGGUUAAACGAGAUUCAUCUGUGGGUUCUUCGUCGUCUUGUGAUAGAUCUCGUUCAAGAGAGUGUAAAGUAGAAGCACCCCUGCGAAGAUCCAGCAGAAUUCGCAAUAAAGUAAUGUCGCCACCGUCAGCAGGGGCACUGCAAAUAACAUCCAGAGGAUGAUUAUGCCCCUAUGUUUUUCAGCUUUUUAAGUUUAUUCUCUCAUAUGAAGCCCUUUUUUGCUUGCAUAUGAGAUCAUUAAUGAGAUUCGAAUAUCCAGUUAACCAAGGACUUUUUAGCAUUCCAAUUUGAUUUUGUCUAAGGUGUAUCAGUGGAACACCAAGAUACAAAACUUCAUGUUCUUGCGCAGAACAUGUUCUACUUUUUGUAUUUUCAGAUGCAAAUCUUAUGCUCUCAGUUUCGAAAUGUAUUACAAUAGUAAGUUCUAUUUGGUGAUUAAAUUGAACUAAAAUUUUAGUAGGAAAGAGUUGUAAUGAAUGAAGGAUCCUGGACUGGUUCAACCAAAUGAGAUGGAUUCUGUGAACAAAAAGUAAAAUAAGCUUGUAACUUUGAAGGGUUAAUUUAAUGCUGUGUCUGAUAUGCUAUUUUAUUUGUGUGCA